CGCGAGUGUCCGCUACCCGGCACAGACCAAGGCUCAAUCAGUCUGCAAGGAUCUCUCGUUCCGAUACCAUCCAAUAAAAGUGGUCCCGGGUCUUUAGUUGAACCCUUGGUGAUAUCUCUGUGAGAAAAAUAACAGCAUCGGACAAACGUAGAACCGAGCAGUUUCUGUUCUCUUUUCCAAACCCGCCCCAACGACUACGUAAUCGAUCGUUCGUGUUUUUCGGAAACUUUCAAAUCUAGGUCGAAGUGUGAAAUCCUAGGGUACCGAGUCUGAAAGUGUACGUGUGAGUGAAUUUUCGCCAACAUUGUCCCAUCCUAGAAUUUAACCGGAAAAUCUCCAGACAACACCAAAGAACCAACGAUGCCUUUCAAGCCAGCCGAAAACCCAAAAUGCCCCAAGUGCAACAAGUCGGUUUACGCUGCCGAGGAGCGAGUAGCCGGUGGACACAAAUGGCACAAAGGAUGCUUCAAAUGCGGAAUGUGCGGCAAGAUGCUUGACUCCACAAACUGCGCAGAGCACGAGAAUGAGCUCUACUGCAAAAACUGCCACGGACGCAAAUACGGCCCCAAGGGUUACGGAUUCGGUGGCGGCGCUGGAUGCCUAUCGAUGGACAGCGGUGCCCAGUUCCAGUCGGCGGACGAUGGAACUAACGGACACAUUGAGCCGAAAGCGAUACUGAAAGCACCCGAAGGAGAAGGUUGCCCUCGCUGUGGUGGAUAUGUUUACAUGGCCGAGCAAAUGUUGGCACGUGGAAGAGCCUAUCAUAAAGGAUGUUUCAAAUGCGGCGAGUGCAAGAAGAAUCUCGACUCGGUGAACUGCUGCGAGGGUCCGAACCGUGAAAUCUACUGCCGAGUGUGCUACGGUAAGAAGUUUGGUCCCAAGGGAUACGGCUACGGUCAAGGCGGUGGAGCUUUGCAAUCCGAUAGUACCGAUCUGAUUAGUGAAUUUACACCGAGAACAGUGGCCGCAGAUACAUCGGCCAUCAAGGCAUCGCCGGGUGAGGGAUGUCCCCGUUGCGGAGGUGUGGUCUUCGCUGCCGAGAUGGUUCUAUCGAAGGGGCGCGAAUGGCAUCGCAAGUGCUACAAGUGCCGCGACUGUACCAAAACUUUGGACUCCAUCAUCGCUUGUGACGGGCCGGAUAGAGACGUGUACUGCAAGACCUGCUACGGCAAAAAGUGGGGACCACACGGAUAUGGAUUCGCAUGCGGUUCCGGUUUUCUGCAGACGGAUUGCAUGUCUGAGGACCAGUUGGCUGCUCAGAAGCCAUCAGUCCCGAUGGAUACGACAUCUAUCAAGGCUCCGGCCGGGCAGGGCUGCCCACGCUGCGGCGGAAUGGUGUUUGCAGCCGAACAACAACUGGCCAAGGGCACAAUGUGGCACAAGAAGUGCUUCAACUGUGCCGAAUGUCACCGACCGUUGGACUCGAUGAUUGCCUGCGAUGGUCCCGAUAAGGAAAUCCAUUGCCGUGCCUGCUACGGAAAGCUGUUCGGACCGAAGGGAUUCGGUUUCGGACACACCCCAACUUUGGUGUCAACCGAUGUGCAGUCUUCUCCGGCGUACACCGACUUCAAACCGAUGAACGGCCCGAAGGCAACCGACGGCAAGGGCUGCCGUCGCUGUGGAUACUCCGUGUAUGAGGCGGAGAAGAUGCUCAGCAAGAAUUUGAUGUGGCACAAGCGGUGCUUCAGCUGCUUCGACUGUCACAAAUCGCUGGACUCCACGAACCUCAACGAUGCACCGAACGGGGAAAUCUACUGCAAAGGCUGCUACGGACGGAAUUACGGUCCGCGUGGCGUCGGUUUUGGCAUAGGCGCCGGUGCACUCACCAUGACGUAGAUUGUCCCAUCCAAGCCAGAGUUUUUUGUUUGUUUUAUACACAACUAUUUAACAAAAAUACCAACAACAAAACGUAUUUUAAAAGCUUUCCACGUGGAAGCUGACAGACUUUAUAGCAGUGCUGCUGAUUUCCUCCCCCGCUAGUUAACUUUGAUCGAAUUCCUUUCGCGUCCGGAUUCUCUGACAAGGCAAUCAAUGUGUAAAAUGUAAGAUGUAGAAAGAGCUUCGCUGCUCCGAACCAAAAAAAAACAGAAAACAACAUAAAAAUUUAGUCCAAAUCCAAAAAACGAAGCAAAUGUCCAAUGUUCAAAUUAAACACAACGUGUAAAUUAGCUUCUAAAUUCUAAGUGAUUAACCUGCGAACGACCAGGGCUCGAACCUGCGAUCACCAGAAAUAACAGAGCCGAUAGGGGAAUUAUAUUUUUUUCUCAUCGUUAUUUUCACACAAAGCGUAUAAAACUUGUAAUGCUAGGAUUCGGUGUGACUAACGUAGGGAAGGAUGAAAUGCCUGUUGAGUGUCAACAUUUGUUGCAAGACAUUAACCUACAAAUUACUGAGAAGAAGAAAAAAAAAACAGGAACCGUGCGGAUCGAAUGUUAGCUGAAAUCAUUCAAAUGUUUUAUUUUAAUAAUAAGUUACUUUUAUACGAAAACGCUUAACUCUCCAAACCACCAUUUACAACAAUCUAAAAACGCAUUGGAAACGUUUGAGACUUAACCAUCGAGAUAGAACACGCAGGCUGGUGUUUCUCGCUCCGCCUGAAUGAGGUACAUUUUUUCACUACAUGAAUAUUGUUAUAUUUUUUUCUUUUUUUACCCCUCACCCCUAACACACCAAACUCUAGCGCUAAAUAAUUUAGAUAGUGAAUGAAACAAAUGAGAAAUUUGAUGCGAUCGAACUUUUUUACUCUAUGAAACCAUUGGCUUAGGCGAGUUAGUUUAUUUUAUUUUAUUUUUAUAUACAUAUAAUACUAGUGAGAAAGGAGAUAAGAAGAAAAAAAUGAGAAAAUGCAGAGAAGACUCGGUUCUUUGUAUCACAUUUGAUUAUCAUCAUUACUGUAAUUCUGCUAAUUAAUAAACCAUAUACAACGCGCUAAGUUAGUUGGUAAUGACGUGAGAUUAUGUAAAAAAGUAUAUUUAUUCAAUAAAAGUGUUAAAACCA